UAUAUACUAUAUAUGUAGAAUUUGUAACAAUUUAGUAAAUUUAUUAUAGUAUAAUAUAGUAUCUAUAUUAUAGUAUAAUAUAGUAUUUGUUAUAGUAUAAUAUAGUAUCCGUGUACUCAAAUAACUCAGAAAGUUUACAAAGACCUCAAAAUGCUACGUAGAGAAGUAAGAUUACGGAAAGAAUAUUUGUAUAGAAAGUCAUUAGAAGAUCAGCGAAAAACUAUUUAUGAAAAGAAACAAAAGUUAAAGCUUGCAUUAGAUGAGGGCAAGGUGAUUCCAACAGAACUUCGGAAAGAUGAAAGCCAGUUACGAAAAUUACUUGCUUAUGAUGAUGAUAAAAAUGCAGUCUUAGAAGAUCAUAUGGAUGAUGAAUAUAGAUGGGCUGGUGUAGAAGAUCCUAAAUUAAUGAUUACAACAUCACACAAUCCUAGCUCAAGGUUAAAACAAUUUGCUAAGGAACUGAAAUUGAUACUUCCUAAUAGUCAACGUCUAAAUCGUGGUAAUUAUGUCCUGUCACAAUUGGUUACUGCCUGUAAAGCUAAUGAUGUUACAGAUCUUGUAAUUGCCCAUGAACAUAGAGGGAACCCUGAUGGAUUAAUUAUUUGUCAUUUACCAUUUGGACCAACUGCUUAUUUUUCACUCUCUAAUACAAUAAUGCGUCAUGAUAUACCCGAUGUUGGAAAGAUGUCUGAAGCUUUUCCUCAUUUAAUAUUUCACAAUUUUCAAACUAAACUAGGAACAAGGGUACAAAAUAUACUUCGCUACUUAUUUCCGGUACCAAAAGAAGACAGCAAGCGUGUCAUUACAUUUGCAAAUAAAAAUGAUUUUAUAUCAUUCAGACAUCAUACUUAUAAAAAAGUUGAUGGCAGAAAUAUUGAACUUACUGAAGUCGGACCACGAUUUGAACUUAAAUUACACGAAAUAAGACUGGGUACGUUAGACCAAGCUGAAGCUGAUAAGGAAUGGAAGCUCAAAACUUAUAUGAGAACCUCGCACAAGAGAAAAUACUUAAGUGAAAAUGAUGGUGAAAAGGCUGAAAAAUAACCAUGAAAAGGGUAACAGUUCUCCCAGCUGUUCAUGAACAAGUUUUAAAUCUGUAAAUGACAAAUGAAUGGCUUAUUCACUAUAUGAAAACUAUAUAAAAAGCGCUUUAGCUUAUUA